AUGGGUCCAAUAAAGGAUCCAUAUUACGGCCAAUUGUACAAAAGGUACAAAAAUGGCACGAAGGUCGUAGUCGAUUGGCUUUCCGAAGCCGGCCACUACAAGGAAAACGUGCUGACCGAGUACGCGGAGGUGGCACGUCGCCUUGCUCGACAAGGCGUCGUCAUGCCGCCCCACGUUCUCCAGGCUCUGAAGGAGAGCACCGAGGCUCGUGAAACGAUCAAUCGGUGGCAUCAAGCCACCGGCAGUGACAACGGCCUUCACGACCAUCCCGUCGUCGUCCUCAAGGCGAUCCUCGCGGUGUUCACAGCGCCCUUGGGUGGUCCUGCUCCCCGACGGGCAUUGUCGCUUCCAGGGUGUGCGUCUGAGCCAACAGGUUCAGUUGCACAUCAGAAGGAUGCCGAUAACAGCUCCGAGAAGGGGGGCAGGGCCUCCCAAAGCGACUCAGAGCUAGAGUGGCGUAGAGGGGUCCAGCAACAGCCACGACAACAGCAACAGCACCGGUACCAGCAUCGGCAGCGACAACAACCACCACGGCAAGAGCUGCAACAGCCGUGGCGGCGGUUGUCGUAA